UCAGCAAACUGCACCGUGUCUGAAGGUCACCUGGGGGUCGGCUGGGAGGCUUCAGAAGGAUCUGUAGAUAUGGUACAAGAUGUCCAGCUUAUUACCUGGAGAGUGGAGAACCUGACAGACUGGCGUAUUGAACCACAGUGCUUUGUGAACUUCAUGAAUGGUACAGACUCUGGCCAGUGUGUGGAAGCGCUCCAGGUCACUCUCUACAAGACUCCAGACAGUGUGUCCAUCAGCUCUGUGGAUCACACCGGCCCGAUGGUGGAGGGGAGACAGUACCAGCUCCAGUGUGAGGUCCAGAACAUCGCUCCUGUUCAGAGCCUCACUGUGAAGUGGUACAGAGGGGAGAUAUUAGAGAGUGAAAGCUCUUUUAACCACAGCAGUAAGACACCUAUAAAUGUGUCCUCUACCCUCACAAUCACGCCCAGCAGAGCUGAAGAUGGAGCUCAGUACAGCUGUGUGGCAGAGCUGGAACUGGGACCUGAAGGACCACAACCCCCCCCUGAAGAGUCUGAGCCCCUCAAUGUGACUGUGCACUAUAAACCCUCAAUCACAAAGUGUCCAAACCAAGAGGAGCUGAGGGAGGGUGACUCUCUAGGUGCUCUCAACUUUACAGCUGAGGGGAACCCCACCCCCAGGGUCACAUGGUACAGAGACCAAUCAGAGGUCAACAGCUCCACACCCCUGACCAGGAAGGACUCAGGGCAGUACGUCCUCACAGCCAGAAACAGCCUGGGCAGCAUCAACUGCACAUUCAGCCUCACAGUAGGGUAUGCACCUGAGUUUAGCUGUGAUUACAGCUAUGAGGUGACAGAGACGCAGAGCUAUACCCUCAACUGCACAGCUGAGGGGUACCCUGCACCUGAGGUCACCUGGAUGAAGCAGGGGGAGAAGGUGGAGCUCCCAGCACACCUGGGCAGGCAGCAUGCAGGGCUGUACACCCUCAUAGCUAACAACACCUACGGAACAGUCAGCCACACACUGGAGAUUAAUGUUCUCUUUCCACCAGCAGAGAUUGAGGAGUUUGAGGACCGUGAGGUGGAUGUGGGGUCCAGUGUGCAGCUGCGGUGUUCCUCCUGGGGGAACCCCCAGCCCAACUACAGCUGGCAGUUCCAAAAGGCCCCCAACGUGGAGGAGGAGGUUUCUAUUGACGGGGUGUCCCUGCUCAGCAUCUCUCAUGCCUCUGUGAAGAACCAGGGCGUCUACAACUGCUCUGCGCAAAACAGGAUCGGACAGAUCUCCAGAAGCAUCAGACUGACUUUUAAGAGGGAGUUUCACUUCCCCGGCGCAGUGAGAGCGCAGUCCGUCGCUCAUUUUGGCGGAGCUCGCAGUAGGAGGAUAACGGGACCGAAAGCGACACACCGGCUUCUUAAGAUGGACGCGAACGCCCGUGGAUUGCUCUUUAUCAUCGGUGUGCUUCUACAGCCCCUGCUGUGGGUCAAAGCAACACGUGAGAAUGGAGAAUGCCCAGUCCAACUUCACCCUUCUUCAGUGGUGGUGAGAUAUGGAGAUUCAGCAUCAGCAAACUGCACUGUGUCUGAAGGUCACCUGGGGAUCGGCUGGGAGGCUUCAGAAGGAUCUGUAGAUAUGGUACAAGAUGUCCAGCUUAUUACCUGGAGAGUGGAGAACCUGACAGACUGGCAUAUUGAACCAAAGUGCUUUGUGAACUUCAUGAAUGGUACAGACUUUGACCAGUGUGUGGAAGCGCUUCAAGUCAUUCUCUACAAGACUCCAGACAGUGUGUCCAUCAGCUCUGUGGAUCACACCGACCCGAUGGUGGAGGGGAGACAGUACCAGCUCCAGUGUGAGGUCCAGAACAUCGCUCCUGUUCAGAACCUCACUGUGAAGUGGUACAGAUGGGAGAUAUUAGAGAGUGAAAGCUCCUUUAACAACAGCAGUAAGACACCUAUGAAUGUGUCCUCUACCCUCACAAUCACGCCCAGCAGAGCUGACGAUGGAGCUCAGUACAGCUGUGUGGCAGAGCUGGAACUGGGACCUGAAGGACCACAACCCCCCCCUGAAGUGAAGUCUGAGCCCCUCAAAAUCACUGUGCACUAUGGUCCUAGUAUUGAAACCAUACCUUCUCCCCACCCUGUGAUCAGAGGAUACUCCGUGGAGCUGAUCUGCAAUGCCAGUGGUCACCCACCCCCGGAGGUUGAGUGGUGGAGGGAUGGGCAGGCUGUGGGUGAGGAGGGAGGCAAGCUCGUUAUCUCCAAUGCAAAAGAGGAGCACGCAGGAGAGUACACCUGCGUAGCCCGAAACUCUGCUUGGAACACUAGUGCAGUGGUGCAGGUGGAGCUGAAAGAGGACUACCUCCCCAUCAUUGCAGGGCUGGUGGCUCUGGUGGUUGUGGUAAUCUCCAUCGUCUUCAUCUUCAUCUACUCCAUCUACUACAAGAACACCAAGAUGGGCCACUACAGCCUGAAGAGCUGCAAGCUGAGCGGUCAGAACGGCAACGUGGCGCAGAACGGCAGGGACAGCAACCUGCCCAUGAAGAAGCUGACGCAGCCCAAUGUGUACGCCUAUGUAAAGACAGUCGUGGAGAGGAGGGGUUUCAUUUCUACUUCACUUUCGCUCUCUUUCACUCGCUGCAUGGACUACACACGCAAAGCAGUGCUUGACAGCACCCCGAGCUCCAGCAUGCGACGGUACCGAUCAGUGCUACGAUUGAUUAUUCUGGGGUUCUGUGCCGUUUGCACAGUGGCAGAAUGCCCAGUCCAGAUGGAUGUUAAGACAUUGGUGGUGAGAUAUGGAGAUUCAGCAUCAACAAACUGCACCGUGUCUGAAGGUCACCUGGGGAUCGGCUGGGAGGCUUCACAAGGAUCUGUAGAUAUGGUACAAGAUGUCCAGUUUGUGACCUGGAGAGUGGAGAACCUGACAGACUGGCAUAUUGAACCAAAGUGCUUUGUGAACUUCAUGAAUGGUACAGACUUUGACCAGUGUGUGGAAGCGCUUCAAGUCAUUCUCUACAAGACUCCAGACAGUGUGUCCAUCAGCUCUGUGGAUCACACCGACCCGAUGGUGGAGGGGAGACAGUACCAGCUCCAGUGUGAGGUCCAGAACAUCGCUCCUGUUCAGAGCCUCACUGUGAAGUGGUACAGAGGGGAGCUAUUAGAGAGUGAAAGCUCCUUUAAUAACGUCACUAAGACACCUAUGAAUGUGUCCUCUACCCUCACAAUCACGCCCAGCAGAGCUGACGAUGGAGCUCAGUACAGCUGUGUGGCAGAGCUGGAACUGGGACCUGAAGGACCACAACCCCCCCCUGAAGUGAAGUCUGAGCCCCUCAAAAUCACUGUGCACUACCCCCCCUCUUUCUAUACUCCUGAUGAGGAGGUCCUGGAGGUGAUAGAGGGGGAGGGGGUCCGGCUAAACUGCCACUCUUGGGGGAACCCCACUCCUGUGUACUCCUGGCUGCUUCCACAGUCCCAGGAGGACACGCAGAACCACACCCUGGUGACCUCCUCUUCCCUCCCCCCCGGGAGCCACAGAUACACGUGCAGGGCCUCCAACCAGCUGGGGGAGAUCACCAAGGAAUUCACUGUCAAGAUCAAACACAAAGGUAGCCCCCGGACCGUCCUGUGGAGUCUGAUUGCAGUGGGCGUGGGUGUGGCUGUGGUGCUCAUAGCUGGCUACGUCUACCUCAAAUCAAAGGCUGGGGAGAAUACUAUCAUCCGCAACCAAGUCAGAAACCUGCAAGGACUUCAGCGCAGACCCGAAGAGGACUUCAGCAAAGCCUCUGUCAAAAUGGAGCUCGAGUAUCUGAAGCUGGCGGUAGCUCUCAGCGUGCUUUGCACAGUGUCCGGAGAGGGCUGCUCUCUGGAGCUGCGCCCCCCGCGGGCGGUGGUGGGAUUUGGAGACUCUGUGUCUGUCAGCUGUGUGGCCUCGCGGCCUGUGCGCGUGCUUGGCUGGGAGGCGGCCAUUGGCUCCGCCCACACACAGCAAGACCUCACUGUCCAGUGGGGUGUGGACAGCCUGAAAGACUGGAUCGAGGAGCCUAUCUGCUAUGGAGUCUUCUACACAACACCCAGGCAAUGUGAGGAAAAACUCAACCUCGUCCUCUACAAGACUCCAGACAGUGUUUCCAUCGGGCUCCUGAACCACACCGGCCCGAUGGUGGAGGGGAGACAGUACCAGCUCCAGUGUGAGGUGCAGAACAUCGCUCCUGUACAGUACCUCACCCUCAGGUGGUACAGGGGGCCAACAGAAGUUUACAAUCACACAUUCUCUGACCUCACACCUGACACACCUGUCCAAGUAUCCUCCACCCUCACGAUCACGCCCAGCAGAGCUGACGAUGGAGCUCAGUACAGCUGUGUGGCAGAGCUGGAACUGGGACCUGAAGGACCACAACCCCCCCCUGAAGUGAAGUCUGAGCCCCUCAAUGUGACUGUGCACUACCCCCCCUCUUUCUAUACUCCUGAUGAGGAGGUCCUGGAGGUGAUAGAGGGGGAGGGGGUCUGGCUAAACUGCCACUCUUGGGGGAACCCCACUCCUGUGUACUCCUGGCUGCUUCCACAGUCCCAGGAGGAGACGCAGAACCACACCCUGGUGACCUCCUCUUUCCUCCCCCCCGGGAGCCACAGAUACACGUGCAGGGCCUCCAACCAGCUGGGGGAGAUCACCAAGGAAUUCACUGUCAAGAUCAAACACAAAGGACCAGGACCUGGAAGUCCUCACCUAUGGACCUUACCCCAGGGGAUUCUGGGAGAUACAGAAUAUCACAAGCCAAGCUUGAGAAAAGAAUUAAGACCACAGACAUUUUGUGAAAAUUCAUGGCUCAUGCACGCAUACAGCUCCACUCAUACUUUACCUGCUGUGUUUCAGGUGUGACAGA